AUCACGGCUGUCAGGGCUCAGCCAAUCAGCGUUGAGUUUGUGGUGCGGCGCUCCAGAAUGAUACAGACCAGAGGGGUCGGUGUUCAGCUAUGAACUUCACUGACGUCUUUACAUCAUCAGGUUGAGUGCUCCUCUAGCCAUGCCUGUGACGUCCCAGCUGCUCAGGGGUUUGCCCCGUACCAAGGCCUUGGCCUCCAGCCUGUUACCAUGCCAACAACACCAGUCCUGGCUAGGACCUAUCACUCACAGACCUGCCUCAAAACGACCCUCUCAUUUCUGGCAGAGCCAUCGCCACUCAAGAGGUUAUCAGACAGCCUCGGUGCUCCACAGCUACAUCCUCUCACCCCCGCAGGUCAACUCUAUUCUGAAAGCCAACGAGUACAGCUUCAAGGUGCCAGAGUUUGAUGGGAAGAAUGUGUCAUCAGUGAUGGGUUUCGAGAGCAAUCAGCUGCCAGCAAACGCUCCCAUAGAAGACCGCCGGAGUGCAGCCACGUGUCUGCAGACCAGAGGCAUGCUGCUAGGUGUGUUUGACGGCCAUGCUGGCUGUGCCUGUGCACAGGCUCUCAGUGAGAGGUUGUUCUACUACAUCGCCGUGUCUCUUCUUCCACACAAUACACUGUGUGAGCUGGAGGCAGCAGUGGAGGCGGGCAGAGCACUUAGUCCCAUCCUGCAGUGGCACAAACAUCCUAACGACUACUUCAGCAGGGAGGCUCAGACGCUUUACUUUAACAGCCUCCGGACAUACUGGCAGGAGUUGAUAGAUCUCACCAGCCCAGGAGAAGUUCCAGAGACCCGUGAGGCCUUAACGAACGCCUUCAAGAGGCUGGACAAUGACAUGUCUCUUGAGGCCCAGGUUGGAGACCCAAAUGCUUUCCUGCACUACUGGGUUUUGAGAGUGGCUUUUUCUGGAGCAACAGCCUGCGUGGCUCACAUCGAUGGACAAGACCUGUAUAUAGCCAACGCAGGAGAUGCUCGAGCAGUGUUAGGGGUCCAGGAGGAGGACGGUUCCUUCAGCGUGCACACACUCUCCAACGACCACAGCGCUCAGAAUGACGAAGAGAUGGCUCGGAUACGUGGAGAACACCCGCCAUCAGAGAGGAAGACGGUUAUCCGACAGGACCGGUUGCUCGGCCUCCUCAUGCCGUUCCGUGCGUUCGGGGACGUGAAGUUUAAGUGGAGUAUUGAGCUGCAGAAGCGGGUGUUAGAGUCCGGACCUGAUCAGCUCCAUGAAAACGAGCACACAAAGUUUAUCCCUCCAAACUACCACACGCCGCCCUACCUGACCGCUGAGCCUGAAAUCACGUACCACAGGCUGCGGCCACAGGAUCGCUUCCUGGUAAUUGGCUCUGACGGCCUCUGGGAGACCCUCCACAGACAGGAAGUGGUUCGUAUUGUCGGGGAGUACUUGACAGGGGUGCACCAGCGUCAGCCCCUCAAAGUGGGAGGCUACAGGGUCACCCUCGGACAGAUGCAGGGACUGCUGGAAGAGAGAAAGGCUCGUGUGUCUUCAGCUUUCGAGGACCAGAACUCAGCGACCCAUCUGAUGCGCCAUGCGGUGGGAAACAACGAAUUUGGCACGGUCGACCAUGAGAGGCUUUCAAAGAUGCUCUCGCUGCCCGAGGAGCUGGCUCGCAUGUACCGCGAUGACAUCACCAUCAUCAUCUCUCAGUUCAACCCUCAUGUGAUUGGAGCACAGAGACAGGAGGGGCAGUCCUGAGAUGUACAAAACUACUUCUGGCAUACCACUCAGGUGUCGGCACACACACACACACAAACACACGUGUGUGUAGACAUACACAUAAGCACACUCUGUGGACAAACCGGCCAUAUAAAGAUACAAUGUGUCCUGCAGUCUGACGGUUUUAACUCUAUUUAUGGAAAUAGUCUUAUGUUCGUAUGCAGUCCUAGAACAGAUCUGGUUUCCUCAAACUGGAUCUAACCCUCUGAUAUAGCAACACAGUAUUUAUGCUGCAGAUUUCCUCCUGUUACUCUUUCAUACUCUCUGUGUGGCCGUCAAAACGCUGUUACAAACGAACUUUUGUGCCAAAAGAUUCAACCUCCUCUUCUGCUGAAAGACUCAGUGGGAUUGAAGCGAUAUAAAUUCCAAAGAGGGUGACGGUUGGACUUUAGAAGGAAAGACUUGUUAGUGGACGCAGCCACCUACUCAAUGCCUUUUACAUGGACUCUAACUGAACUGUCCUUUAUAUAGCACCACACUCUCUAUCAUUGAGGCCUUGUUUUCUUCUCCGUGUCCCUGAGGCUGAUGUUAUAACAGCUUGUUUUUACUUGUUGGUGUCUGUGUGUGAUAUAUUCUUAUUGCUGUUCAAACACACAUUUUGCUCUGUAUUUACACAGCAGCCUGUAAAUAUUUGGUUGACUCCAGCAUCAGGUUCAAGAAUUAACUCAAAGCUUUAAAGGUGUACUUGAUGUUGUUGAAAUCUUGUUGACACCUUUACACCAGUGUGGUGUCAUGGGUCCCAACAGUCAGAAGUCACUGGGUGAUUGUAAAUCAAAGGUUCCCCUCAUAUGACGUUAUUUUAAUAAUAAAACAAGACAUUUAUUUUGAAGGGUCACAAGCCAAAAAUGUUGGAAACGUUCAUCUUAGACCUGACAUGUUGGAGAACAGGGAAAAAACAAAACUGUCCAAAUAUUUACAAACUGCACUGUUUAACACAUCAUCAACUGAAGACUUGCACUGUACAGAACUACAGGUACAAUGGGAUUUACCUGUUGUUUUGACACUACCACUUUGUUAUUGUUGUAAGUCAGUAUGUCUGUUAUUUAUCAAGCCUCUUAUUAUCAGCCACAUUGACUACGAUCGUCACAAUUAAACUUUAGUUAUUUUACAAGCUUUGCAGGGUUAAAGGGACAUGUGCUAAAGAUUAUCUUGCCUUAUGUUUUUUUUUAUUUGUUUGUUUUGUUUAUCUGACAGGUCAUUAGCCAUGUUGCUUACAUAUUGUUAUUCAAAACAGAAAGUGAAACUAGAAGCAGGUCAUACUCCUGAUUCCCUCCUACUCAAGAGUUCAUGUCAGGGGUCAUGCCUGUGUGUCAAAGCCCUAAUGAAGGAACAGACUGAAGCUGUUUAAAAAGUAAAGAUUAUUUAUUCAGCUUAAGCCGUAUGUUACACGUCCUCAUCUAAGGUUGUAUAAAUUGUAUCUGAUGUGGGUUAAAUUUUGUAUAAUGGAAUGGUUUAAUAAAACACUGAAUAUACACCA